AUGGAACAGCAGAGUGAUGAUAGUUUCCUGCAUAACUAUGAUCUGCGGAAAAAAGUGGGUCGGCAGAGAUUAGGUGAUAAAAUGGAUCGAAAUAAAGAAAGUAAAGGAGCCAUUCCAAAACAGUACAUAAGUCUACUAGAAAGAGAAGAUGAGGAGGACGAAGAAUGCCAGCAAGCAGGUAGUAUGCGGGAGGUGAACCAGAUGAGAUAUAGAGAAGGAGUUUUCGAUGACAAUUUGGUGGCAGUAGAGUUGAAAAAAGCAGAGCUGAUUUUCAAUAAACCUCUCUACAUUGGCAUGUGUAUCCUUGACUUGUCAAAAAUCGUCAUGUAUGAUUUCCACUACAAUUUCAUGUUGCCAAAGCUUGGAGCUGACGUAAAACUCAUGUAUACCGAUACGGACAGCUUCAUCUACGAAAUUGUAUGUGACGAUGCGUAUAGUGAGGUGAUUGAUGCAAAUAUCGAGAGAUUUGACACGUCUGACUAUGCUCCAGACAAUAUUUAUGGUAUACCUCGAGUAAAUAAAAAAGUCUUGGGCCUAUUAAAGGAUGAGGCAAACGGUAAGAUUAUUACGCAUUUUGCUGGACUACGGUCCAAGAUGUACAUUUAUAAAUUGGAUAUAACGGAUGAGGAUAUUGAAAAAGAGAGAAAGCGAUUGGAAAGAAAGGGAUUCAGUAAAGAACGACUAGAUAGGGAAUUGGAAAAUUUUGAACACGUCUUGACCGACCAGAUUUCUAUGGUGGAUCCUUGUGUGAGUGCUGGUAGCUCGUGCAAUUCCCAUCGACGGAACGGUAUCAUCAUAGACUCAUCUGCCUUGAUACGUGUCAACAACUGCAACUUUAUGUCAUCGUUGGGUGUAUGA